AUGAUGCUGUCUCGUCGUGCGUGCUACAAGUGUGGCAACAUUGGUCACUAUGCGGAGGUCUGCGCUUCAACAGAGCGUCUCUGCUACAACUGCAAGCAGCCUGCUUACCUUAGAGUAGGACAUGAGUCUAGCAGUUGCCCUCUUCCCCGUACCACCGAGACCAAGCAGUGUUACAACUGCCAGGGAGUCGGUCACGUCCAGGCUGACUGCCCUACUCUCCGUCUGAACGCUAACGCUUCCACCGGCCCCAACGGCCGCUGCUACAACUGCAGCCAACCCGGCCACCUUGCACGCAAUUGCACUAACCCUGCUGCUCUCGGUGCUGGCGCCGGCGCUGGUCGUCCCGGUCCCCACCGCGGUGGCUUCCAGGGAGGCUUCCGUGGUGGAUUCCAGGGCUACCCCCGUACCGCUACCUGCUACAAGUGCGGUGGUCCUAACCACUUCGCACGUGACUGCCAGGCUCAAGCCAUGAAGUGCUACGCCUGCGGUAAGCUUGGCCAUAUUUCUCGCGACUGCACUGCUCCCAACGGCGGCCCUCUGAGCCAGGCCGGCAAGGUCUGCUACAAGUGCGCCCAGGCUGGUCACAUCUCCCGCGACUGCCCUACCAACACUGAGGCUGGUGCUGGUGCCGCCGUCUCUGCUCCUGUUGCUGAACCGACAGUGGAUGCUACUUCUGAAGCUGCUUCUACCCCUGCGGCCCCUGCUGUAGUUGCAGCUGUUGAAGCUGUCACCGAGGCUGCACCAGUUGCAGCUGUGGCUCCUACCACCGCUGUCGCAUAA